AUGACUCUCAGCGACUCCAGGUCUCACUUGAACGUGCGGGAUGCGGGGGAGAUCGAACUGGUCCGAAGAAGAGACGUGAAUAGUCUGUCGGAGAACGCGGGGACAAGGCGUCGAUCGUGUCUGUCCCGAUUUGUCUGUGGUACAUACGUCCACCACCGUCCACCGUUACACGGGGGGCCAGCGUAUAUGAUGAUUGGCAUGCUUGGAGGUGGAAGCAGAUCGGCCGCAUUGAGAUGGGAUGGAGGCUCUGCGAGGCGCCCGGCUAGACAGCCUUGGAGAAUGGGGGUUGUGAGGGAAGCUGCUGUGUCGGAAAGGUAUUCCGGGCAGCAGAGGAGAGGAGAAGCGGGACGACGGGCAGUUCGGCAGGGUUGGAUAGUUGAAGGAAUCGGAAGAAGAGGUUCAUGGAGCAUGUUUCAUGUUUAUGGUUCGGGCUCUGUGGAGUACAGGCAAGGCCACGGUAGAUCUCCCGCGACAGGACAGGCGGAGGUGGAGUGGGAGGAGGAUGGUGAAGGGGAGAGGAGAGGAAGACGAGGAGGAGAGAGGAUACAUGAUGACCGGUUGACUCGCACGACCCGGCGGUUCCCGCACUACCGAACGUUAGACGAUGAUAAUACGAUCGGUAGUGGUGCAGUCUAAUGAAAGAACAAUAAACCAG